GGCUCAGUUGAUUGAAAUACGAGGGACUGGACUGGACAGUUGUUGUAAGGAUUUCACCAUUAAAGACUUGAAGAAUCAUCCGUCAGAGGUGCGGAAGUUGUGGUUUGCAGUAACUUCAGCUGCACUGUUCUGGAAGCGAUGCAUCUCAAACGAACUGGACCGCAAAUUUCGUUUGAUCUAAAAUACGACCACCCUGUACCUAUCAAAUGGCGCCAAGUUGAUGAAGCGUCGAUACGCAAAGACGAAGUGGUCAUAGUGAUUUCUGAAGCAGAGGGGCCUUCCUCCGAGUUUUUUGAAGAGUUGAAGCCGAUCAUUUAUACCAUGAAGAUCUUCGGAUUGUUCCCGCUUCAAAAACGAAUUCCAGGUGAACCCACUUUCAGGAGAUGCAAGUUCUCUCUUAUGUACUCAGCCGUGUUCUACCUGGCCAUGAACAUAUACGCAUACUACGUUUCUAGAGAGAGAAUACAAUUCAUCAGAUAUUCUGAAGCGAGUUUUGAUGACCUCAUGUACUCGGUGAUACAUUUUAUGUAUGUAAUUCCUCAUUUCUACCUCAUACCUUGCCACUGGAAGGAAGUUUCCAAAGUGGGGAGAUAUUUCGUACACUGGUCUGACUUUCAGAAACAGUACGUCAGAGUCACUGGGAAACAGCUCUAUCUGGGACAGAACCGCCACGUCAUGUGGUCUGUGGUCCUAACUCCGGUAGUGGCACUAUGUUUCGUUGCAACUGAAUAUUAUAUGUCAUCUGCCGAAGAGAAAUACUGGGAGCUCGGAUUUUAUUGGUACAUCUUCACUGUCAUUUUACUUCACAUCGUCUGGUGGUGGUUCACCUGUUCAUCGCUACGCAGUGGCAUAUAUGACAUUUCAGAAAACUUGUUCAAGGAUCCUACCAUAUUUGCAGACGAGGGAUCUGCAACACUUGUGGCCCAGUACAGAGCCUUGUGGAUCAGUCUCAGCAGACUGUCCUGUGAGACUGGUUUGUUCAUGUGCUACACAUAUGGACACCUGUGUGUGCUCUCAUUCUCUGUCAUGACGCUGAGUCUGUACGGAAGUCUGUCCAACCUCCAUGACGGGUUGUACCUGAGGCACCUCGGUCUCGCCUUGGCCGUGUGCGUCAUUGGAGGUGUAACUUACGUAAUGGCUAACGGAGCUCACCAUGCCGCAAGAGAGGUGGGACCAGAGUUCUGUGAGAAAUUGUCACAUGUCAAUUCGGACGACAAACAAAUGAGGCGUGAGCUCAAGAUAUUUACCCGAGUUAUGACAUUAAAUUCUUCAGAAAUAAAUCUUGGAGGUUAUGUCAGAAUUGACAGGGGUUUCCUGUUGAGGUUUAUAUGUACAAUGGUGACGUACCUUGUCGUGUUGCUACAAUUUCGACUCGGUCUGUUGAGUAUCACCACCUCUAACGUCACCAUGGUAACGACAGAUGUGCUGUGAAAUAAGCCUCAUAAAAUGUAUCUCAUUUUUAGU